UUCUUUUCAGUGAGAGGAGGAGGAGGAGGACAUGUUAUUUUAAUUUUUAAAAAAACGUUUUGUGUGAAAAAAUAUAUUAGACAAAUUAGAAUUAAAUGCUAAUCAUUGUUUAAUUCUUAAAACAUGUUUAGAGGGUAACUUUAUUAACUGCACAGAAUUCUUUUGUGCUGGUGUGUCAACUACAAUUUAAAUAUAAUGUAAAAUCCUAAUAACACGGCUAAUCAGAUACUCUUUAAAAUAAUCUUUUUAAAAGGGCGAUUCAAUACAAAUAUUUUCAAAACCUUAAAAAAAAAAUAACAAUGUAAAAUGACAUUUCACACUAUUAUAGCCUAUUUUCAUGCUUAAUAUUACAGUCUAUGUAAUCAUUUUAAGAUAUGCCAUUUAUGUAUUAGCCUCUAUCAGAAUAAACACCUUGAGUUGUGGCAUCUACUUUCCAACAGCCUUUGUGCAUUGCUUUAUAUUCUUUGUAUGGGGCCAUUGUCCAAAGUUCCACAGUCAUAUGGGCUGAUAUGUGCCACACUAUAGUGUUACGUAAUCCCGCGGGCUCUUUCUACGAGCACAUAGCGCCACCGUGAGGCCAACACGCAGCACUGCUGAAGGAGCUGGGCUGGGCAGCGGGUUUGCAGGAGCAGCAGAGGCGCCCUUCAUAAUCCUCUACAUAUCGGAUGCUGAUUGUCCGUAGAGCACCUGUGCUGUGGCUUUGUGGAUGUGGUGACAGGGUGACUCCUGAGCAGUUUAAUUUGGGAGUUUCAAAGGAUGCCUGGAAAUCUUAGCAUGCAUUAAGGGUCAAAGGUGAGCUAGCAAGGCAGAGAUGAGUCUGACUUCCUGGUUCCUGGUGAGCGGCGGGGGGACGCGUCAUCGUCUCCCCAGGGAGAUGAUUUUUGUGGGGAGGGACGACUGUGAGCUCAUGCUACAGUCCCGCAGUGUGGACAAACAGCAUGCCGUCAUCAACUACGAGCCGAAUACAGAUGAACAUAAAGUUAAGGACCUGGGCAGCUUAAAUGGGACAUUUAUCAAUGAUGUCAGAAUACAGGAGCAAAUCUAUGUCACACUGAAAAUUGAUGACAAAUUGAGGUUUGGAUACGAUACCAACCAGUUCACUGUGGUCCGAGGCGAGCUGCAUAUUCCAGAGGAGGCUCUCAAGCACGAGAAGUUCAGCAGCCAGCUCCAGCUGAACCAGAAGAAACCUCCUGAGACAGAAUCAUCCAAACAAGAGGCAGCAGUGCCAGUGUGUGAGGGGGCAACCGCCAGACCCCCUGAGACCAGCAGGCCAGAGGACAAGACAACAGGGGAUUUAGCAGUUGUGCACAGGGGCACACCCCUCUAUGGCCAGCCUGCUUGGUGGGGAGAUGGAGACGUUGAUGAGCAGCAACCAGGGAAGCCUGAGGAAAAGAGCUCAGACCGGAAGAGAGAAAAAGCUGAAAUAGUUCUUACAGACACCAAGAAAACUGCAGAAGUCCCAAAGUCAGCCUUGUUAACAGCUUCCACUCAGGAGCCUAGCUACUUCGAGAUCCCAACCAAGGAUACCCCCUCGCAAUGUAAAGUGAGUGGUGAGGCCGCCUCACAAGAACAAGAGGCCGGCGCUUCUACUGCUGCAGAGCCCACUCAUGGCCACGCUUCCUUCACCAUUGAGUUUGACCCUGGAGCAUCAGGUAAAGUGACCGUCAAAGACAGAGUGGCAAAGGCAGGACCAGACACCAGGCCACGGCCUAAACGACCUGGUGGGGAGGAGCUAAGCCCGCUUCAGACAGCCAUGGUAGCAGCGGAGGUCAAAGUUGCUGACUGGCUGGCCCAAAAUGAACUGCCAUUAGCUCUCAAAGACACAGUUGCUGAGGAUGAUGGAGAAAGUGUGAAAAGUGAUGUGCCUGUACAGCUGAGGAGCCUAAAAGGCAGCAAGCAUGAGGACGGCACUCAGAGUGAUUCAGAGAAUGCACUAGGAGAGCAGCGCAGGGCUGCGGUACUGGAGGAGCGUUCGUGGGGGCUCUGGAACAGUGGAGGGAUGAAGAUCAGAGAGGGUCGUGCUAACGUGCCAGAGGGCCUCUUCGCAGAGGAGGACAGUCCUGCACGUUGUCGCAAGUCAUCCACUUCCAAAGUGGCAGGUGGAUUCAUAGAGAAGCGACGUGGCUCGGCACCACAUCAGCAGAGUGGCCGUGAUGAGUGUUUUCACCAUGCAGAUGAUUAUAGCGACAGAGGGACGUACACCAUUGAGCUGGAGAAUGGAGAUCGUGAAGAGGAAGAGGCUAGGAAACUGAUAGACAAGGUGUUUGGUGUGGAUGAGCAGGAGGCUGUUUGUGUGUCUAGACUGGGGGGUACUGACCAAAGAGAGAAGCUGACCUCCCAGAGGUCUGGUACCAGAGACAGAGGAAAGCCUGGACGCAUGGAGACAGAGCUGUUAUCUGAGGAACUGGUGGUGGGUGGUCCUUGCUGGGUCUCGCAGUGGGCUACUCUGGCUGCCAGUCACAUUAGGACAGACCCCGAGGGAUCGGGAGGGGAGAGUCAUGUCAUGGUCACAGAGGACAGAGCUGAAAUAAGUGAGUCCAGCCACUCAGCCUCCUUUGCCUCUUCUGGCUACACAGAGCGUAAGAGGAGAACUUUACCCCAGCUGCCUGGUGAGGAGGUCGCCCUAGGAAGGAGGAACCCAGACUCAGGCCUGCGAACAGAUAUGGGGGAAAAACAGGACACAGAGCUACAGGAGAAGGAGAACCAGGGGGACAAGAUGGCCAGGGGGAAGAAUAGGCCUGGUUACGGCAUGGGAGGUGUGUGCAGUCACAGUGGCAGCCCCAGUCGCUCCUCACCAGCAAGAUCGCAGGACAGUGGUGGCAGGAGAUCAGGUCAGUCAGGUAUGUUGACCAAGCUGCCCCCUCGUCCACUGACCAGUGGGGAGAAGAGAAUGGAGGAGCCACGGAGGAGGAAAAAGGAAGAGGAGAAGGCUAGGGAAAGUAGUGGAAAACCCUUUUUGAGGCAGGAGAGUUUUACUGUGGAGAAACCAAGCUCUAACGUGCCCAUUGAGCUCAUACCACAUAUCGAUGGGCUCGCAGGCAGCAGAACUCAAAGUAGGGAGACUGGCAUCAACAGCACCACACUGCAGAAAGACUCUGAGGCUGUGGCAGCCUUUCUGGAAACCACAGUUUCAGAUCAAGGUGAUCCACCAAGUCAGUCCAUUGAAGGCUCCAUGUCACCAGAGUCAGAUGUGGACACAACAAGCACAGUAAGCCAGGCUGAAGGAGCAAGGAAAGUUGUCCAGAAGCGCAAGACCCUUGCAGGACAGCAGAAGGAGAGAACGGUAGUGUGCUCAUCCAGUAAGAUGCCUACCGGUAGCCGGGAGACCCAGGACAGGAGGGUCAAGACCAGAACCUCUGGUCCUCCACAGCCUAACCGCCCCCAGGCUUCUCUGGAUCUCACAGACGAUGAUGUCAACUCCACCUCACUCCUUUCAGACUCCCAGCACACCUCCACACAGGAAUCUAAAGGCUCUCAUGCCAGAGCCCAGACAGAUAACACAACAGUGGGGGCCAGCACCAAGUCUAGUCGAGCUAAAAUCACCCAGGCGGCGAGCUCGUCUGCACCAAGUAAACCAGUCAGUGGCCCCAAGCCCAGGCCCACCAGGGCAUCGCUGCUGAGGCGAGCCCGACUUGGGGAUUCAUCAGACACCGAGCCUGUCGAUCUUGAUCGCCUGUCAGUAGCCUCUGAGGCCUCUACCGCUAGUUCCACAUCCAGGACAGGGAUGGCGAGAAGGGGAAUGUCCAGAAUAGAAGCUCUGGCACAGCCAAGGAGGCCAAGAGUGGGUUCUCCCUCUGCCCAGAGCGACUCAGAGGCCACUGUGACAAGAAGUAGAGGUGUGGGAGCCCGGAGUGCAGCAGCUGAUUAUGCAAUUAAACAAGGACUCAGAGGUUCUAGUGUGACCUCAGUGUCUGGACCCAGAGCCAGGGCUAACAGUGCCUCCAAGCUGCCUGACAAGAGUAAAAGCACCUCCUCUUAUGGGCAUGUCCCACCUGCAUCUGGCACUAGGUGGCGCCGUGUGCCUGUGGAGUACGCCUCCACCUCAGAGGAUGAGUAUGGCUCAAAUCGCCACAUGUCCAAGCAAGGCCACACACGGGCAUUCCCAUCUACCCGAGUAGCCCAGCUAGGAGGUUCAGCUCCAGCAACUCCUAGUCCUGGUGGCCUGUCUGCGCUGAAGCAACACUCCAGGGAACAGGAUGAGUACAUGAGAGACUGGACAGCACACAGUGAGGAAAUAGCCAGGAUUAGCCAAGACCUAGCCAAAGACUUAGCCAUGCUUGCCAGAGAGAUUCAUGAUGUGGCAGGAGAGACAGACACAGUCAGUCCUGGAGCUCUGUUGGAGGAGCGUGUAUUUGAUGACAGCGUGGACCUGAGUGGUCCAUCCACAGAGCACAGCAGCAUUUUGAGAACCAAUGGGCAGUCUGCAGAGCUUCGACCCCAAGGCUCUGUCAGACAGAGCUCCCGCUCCAUCCGCCGACAAACAUGGAACAGAGAUGAUGCGGUGCUAGACAGUUUACUACUAGCAUCUGUGAAUCAACUCUCAACUAGGAUACGUCAGUCUGUUGACAGAACAACUUGCAAAAUCAGGGUCCUCUUCAAGGAUAAAGAACGGAAAUGGGAAGAGACUGAGAGCAAACUACAGGCAGAGCAUGACUCCUUACUACUCAAGAGCUCCAACAAGGAGAUUUCAACCAUUAUUCAAGACCUGAAGAGAGUAGAAAGACAGCUGCUUGUCAUCGACAUGAUGGUGGACCCAGAUGGCACCCUGGAUGCCCUGUCCAACCUGGGCCUAACCAGUCCUCUGACUGACCAGAAGAUCACUCCUGGGGCUCAGCAGGGUGAAGCGUCCUCCAGCACACUCUCAGCUCCCAGGCCCGAUGAACUGGCCUCAGACCCGUGUGGAUCCUCAGAGCACACAGAGAUGGCAGAGCGAGACCCAGGGCCGCAACAGAGCUUUAGAUCCUACAACUGACAUGCCAAGGAAAUAAUUCAGACCUCAUCUUUUAAUACUGGACAGCCUGCAUCCCUUGGACCAAUGCAAUUGUGUAUGGAUAGAAGCUUUUUUUAAUAUAUUGUUUCAGAUGAGAUAAAGGAAGGGGAGUGAUGCCUCUUUUUCCUGACUGUCCUGUCAGUCAGACUAAAUCAUGUAAAACACUCACAAACAGCAGGUCUUGGGAUGUCAGAUAUACAAUAUGAUGACAUAACAGUAUUAUUUGGUAGGUGUAUGAAGAUGCUCUGACCUAAUAUACAAUAAACCAUCUGUGCUUUUGUGUUGAAGCUCAUUCUUAUUAUCCUUAAAACAUUUUUAACAGCUGUUAAAGAUAAGGGGAUGUAAUGUCCAAAAUACACUUUCUGAAGUCCAUGAUAAGUUAUUUUAUUGUGUUUUGUUUUCGAAUCAGAGCAUCUUUGACUUUUGCAAAAAGUAAAACUCAGUCUUGCAGUUUAAAUACAAGCCUUGAAAUCUCUGAAUCCUAAGCUUGUCAGUGAGCUGAGUUAAGGCCAAUUUAAAAACUAGAAAAAGUGCAAUGGUGUCAAAAGAUGACUAAGUGGAGGUGUGUGUGUGUGUGUGAAAAAUCUUAUUCUAUCCUGCUAUAGAAUUAUUUCUAAAAGUAAAGAUUUUUUUCGGCCUGUUGCAAUUUCAACCCCCAAACCUAGCUCAGUAAUGAUUUUCCAUAUGAAAAGGCCAUGGUGCUGAUUUGCUAGGAAAAGAACUGGGUAUGCACAAUAUGUACUAGUGUAAAUGUUUAUUAGAGUUUAAUUAAAAAACUCCCAUCCAUGGGUUUUUUCUUGUGCUGACGUCAUUUGUAACCAGUGCAUCAAUGGAAAACUAUAUGGAAUCAAAUGUAGCUCCCCAAAACAAAAAGGUUUUCCUCUCCCAAAUGUCUUCGGUUACAAGUGCCCUGGAAUCAGUCAUCACAUUUGGAGAUGAGAGACUGCACUGUAUAAGAGAUGGUGAGAAGGAGGCAAGUUAGUUUCUUUGCACAUUUUAAAGCCAAUGUAUGUCCGUUUUCAUCUCAGAGGGACCAGGACAUGAUGUUCCCCUAUGAUGCAUCAUUAUCACACUGAUGUCCUCGAUCAAAACAGGGUUUAGAGUCUGUCGAUGAACAUUUUGUCACAUUACUCUGUGAUCACAAACAAAAUGUCAUGUUUGAACCAGCAUAGGCAGGGACUACGUCCGAGUCCUGCAGCUGCAUUUUAUUGUUUGUGGAAUGAAGGGUUGUGCAAUGACUGUAGGUUUUCCAGUGUCUUGCCUCGUACCAAUGUUUACACAUGAAUGUAACCAGCUGGUGAUAACAGUUUAGCCAAAACAACUUUGAUCAGUCACUGCAUUUUGUGCUCAGAACCUACUGUACUUUGUCUUUAGUUCUGUUUGAGCCUUUGGAGAAUUUUGGUUUGGAUGUUUUGUAUGAUUGUUUUUUCUUUGUAAUGAUGUUAGGUUAAAUGUUGACCUUGCAAUACUUGUUUAUUGUUUGUUUCAUUUACAAUAAAAUGCAUGAUAAU